AUGCAACGUAUUGUAGCUCUUGCUCUGCUGAUCUGUAUACUCUACUUUGUGGAUAACAUUCCUCCGGUGAGUUUUAUUUGUUUAAAUGCGAUUUCUUAGUCUAUUUCUUAUCCACUUUUCUCCCAUAUCUCCGUUAUAGAAACUUUACAGGCGACUGACUUUGCUCUACAAGAUGGUUCAAGAUUUUGUGUAAUUGAGUAAAAUCCUAAAUUCUAAACUAAAGCGUGUGCGUGACUAUAAAGAUGAAAGCUCUGAAAGCUGUCCCGUGUUGAAAAGCAUAACUUUCUACAUCGUUUAAUUAUGCUGUACAAGGCGGUUCCCUCUUUUGCGUUUGUCGAUUAAAACAGCACAACGUGCUCUUUUCAGAACAUUAACGUACACUGACUCAAAGGAGUUUUGAGCAUGACAAAAUUUGUUUUGUUCUUACAGGGUCGCUCAACACCAAUGAAAGGUAAGUCUAGAAUUUUGAGCACAUUUGCUGAGUGAGACUGGUUACCCAACGCGGCUAAACAAAUCGAAAACUUGUUGAAUAGUUUUUUGAAUAAGGGGUGGUGGAAGAGACGAAGGCUAGGUUGGCCCGUCUGUGACCUAGUCGUUAUUAAAGUAACCGAAAUUCAAAAAGGGUUUCCUUUAAUUGCUUUGGAAUUGUUCCAUUACAUUAAGAUAUUCGUGGGGUCUGUUUUCAGGUUGAAAUCAGUAGAGAAAGGAUAAUUGAUAGGAAAAUAUUCGAGUUUUGGCUACCGGGGCCUUUCAAGAGUGCUGAAAAAAAUUAAACUGGAGCUCAAAAAAAGUAAAAAGUGUCCGUUAAAAUGUUCGCUGAUUUUCACACCAUUAAUUAGGGAAGUGUUAUGGCUCAGACAAUUCCAAGCGUGCCCAUCCCCCCAGGUGGAUUUGUUGGGCGACACAAAUGUUCAGGGGAGAUGGGCAGGUUUGAAAUUGACUGAAUGCUUAACCCCUCUAACGAGUUUCAUUUGCAUGAGCAGAACUGAAAAAAUUAUUUUCAUAUCAUGGCUUCGCACUUGGCCUCGCUUUGAAAAGGAGGCUUGGAGUCACUCGGAAAAAGGUUCGACUUCCAGCCGAUGUGUGGGAGAAUGAGCCGGCGUUCCUCCCUCUAGACACACUACUCUGGGAGGAACGUAGCCCAGGCGCGAGGAAGCGGUCUGAGUCAACCAAGCCCACUGUUAAAUGUUGUUCAUAUACUUUGUUCUCUCGUUAUGUACUAGCCCCUUUUAAAACAGGCAACUGUCCAGACGUGGAGCUCCAACCUUUCGAUCAUCCGAACCCUUUACCAUGCGGGCGAUUUUGCAAUUCUGACUCCGACUGCGGCCUUAACAACCCUCUUAAGUGCUGCGCUUCCGGAUGUGGUACGCUUUGUAGACACCCAGGUGAGCUUUUCUAGGAUCAUCGCCCAGGGGUAGCCUAUACCUCCAAUGAUUUAGAUCAAGCUUAGAGGUAGCUUCAGAUUGCUUUUUCCGACGGCCCCUACCAGUCACAAGUACUUUGAAUACAAACACAUUUUACUCUCCACUUCCCUCGGAGCUUGCAGGAAUAAUACAUGUUAUGAUUAAAUUUGACCAUUGGUUUAAUUUUUUUCGUUUACUUGGGUAGGGUAAUGCAUAAAAAGAAAAAUUCUACAAGGGAUAAGUUAAACUACAACAUUAAACAACAGUGUGCUGGGAAAUUUGCCCGACUACUUAUUGUGGGCGCAAAUUUUCCCUCUGCAGUUUACAUCCCAACUAGUCAUAGUUAUUCUCUAGUCCUGAACUAGGGUAAACUUCAAACACCAGAGUCUAUACGCCCCUUGCUGUUUGCGGCGAAGAGCAGUGGAAUAUUUCUUUAACAUAAACCAUAGACCAAACUGGUGAAAGCAAAAAGGCCAUUGGCUUGACUUCACCUCCCCAAUGACUCAAGUAAACCUAGAUUUUGUCAGGUCUUUUAACACCAUCGUUUGUGUCUGAGCACGAAUUUUAACUCAGGACCUGCCGAUCACUGUGGAGACCAACGCUUUACAAAUUGACGUACAUAUCGAUACAUAGGUGGCGAGUAGAAGUACCGAUAAGUGUUUGAUUGUGUGGGAAACGCAUGAGUUGACUACAUUCUUUUCUCUGCUUUUGCUUUUCCUUUUUAGUGCGUUAUUAACAUUAGUGGGAUGAUGCUUCCAGAAACAUGGCUCCAGUUGAAAAGAAAGGACUGACAUUUUACCAGAGUACCUCAUGCCUGCUUUAGAAGAUUUAAACUCGGUGCCUGCAGCUUGUUAGAAUUUCAGCAAAAGAAAACAAAACGUAAAACUUGUCAUAAUCUUUAAAUAAGGCUAAGUGUCAGUGUAAUGUUAUUAAAUAAGCAACAAGUCCAGAGAUGAGUAGGCAAUAAAAUGAUUGUUAAACGAAUCAUCGCUUGUUUUGACUUCCGCGAGUCCGAUUAAUAUGUUAGUACUGUAACGAUACCUUAUCCACAGAACAACAUUUUUUUGACAAAAGAUUAAAUUCAAAAAAUAACUUCAGUUGGAUGAUAUUUGCCAAGUAACUUAUAGUUACAAAGCACAGUUUAAAUAUAUAUAUGAUUAGAGCAUCGCACACUAUAUUCUUUCUCACAUCCGAGGAGGACCGUUGUCAAUGAAAAUGUUGCAACAAUCGGCGUUUCGACUAAACACAUAAAUUAAGUGGUUAUGGUUUGGAGCUUUAAAGUACACUUCAUCUAGCAAACGGAGUCACGAGAAUAAACGACAUAUUUCAGGGGCACCCAACGAGAAUAUAGCUCAGAACCACUUAAACAUAGCAUUGUUAAACGUGUUUUAGUAUUUAAACGGUAGAUAUAGGCAUAUUUUUAUCCCCUAAAAAUUUUUCGUCUGUUCGGAUUUCCUAGCUGAAAGUCUAGUGAUCCGAAAAUCGUAGUGAUUAAAACUUACCUUUUCGAAAAUUUCAGCGAGAAAAAAGGCUUCCGAAAAUUCUAGGUGACCUUUUUAAGGUAAAAAUCCGUGUAAAAUGGACAAUUGUACCGUUUUUUAGAUGUUCGAAAAUCUUAGGAAAGGCAGCGGGCAAGCGAGAAAUUUUACAACAAAUGUUCCGAAAAUUCUAGAUCUCAAAUCGUCUUCCGAACAGAUAUUUUCCGAAAAUUGACGAUGUGUGCCCCUGAUAUUUGUUCUUGACAGAUUGCAGCCUUGUAAUGCGUUCCUUUGGGAUGAUCCUGAACAAGAUCACUGACCCGAGAUCUUUCAGAUCAUGGUGCAUCAAAGGAACCGACGAACCCUUAUCCAGAGAAGAUUCAUCGGUUCCUUUGAUGUACUAUGAUCUUGACGAUCCUGAUAGGAACGCACAUGUAAGUCAGUUCUCGACUUGAUUAAGCCUGGACUCUCGUUUGCAUGUUGGUGUCACCAAAUAACUCAAUGACAAUCUCGUAUUCCGGCCUCGGAACUUAAGUGACAAGGAAAUAUUUUCAGUUCUCGUUGCGCUGUUGAUAACUCCUUAGACAUAAUUAAACUUUGAUGUAACAUACAUAUUUAUGGUUCGAUACAGGAGGAUAUUUGCUUUCUUGCCGAUUGGUCAGUGAUUUCGAGCUAGGAUAAUUUUCAAAAAGCUGCAAAUUGAAUAUUAAAUUAAUGACAAAAGCAUAAUAUCUUCACAAAUUUUGCAACAUCAUCGUACUAAGGCUUUUAACUUUAAAAGUUUGGGGAGGAAACUACGUAAUUCCGGUUCCUUUAUUUAAGUACAAACUCUAGUUCCUUUGAGGAACAUAAACCUCUCCGACCAGUUGCAGCUUCUAUGUAACAACUGAACGCUAAGUGUCCUAAGUACAGAGUAAAUAUACCGAAGUUGUCUUCUAAAGGGUAAGUUUCAGUUGGACUCUUGAUAGAAAGCUUUACUGAAAGCUAGAAAAACUAUUUGUUUUCUUUUGCGACUACUAGUUAAGUAAGAAUUCAGUAGACUGUUGUUUUCAUUCAAAAUAUUUCUUUAUCACGAACCUCAUUAAUUAGCCGACCAUUCACUAAAAAUCGUAGUUUUACCAACUUUGUCAAAAAUUCCAGUCUAAUGCUGUUAUUUGACAUCAAAUUUCCCGUUUUAUGCUGUUAGAUCCUGUUAGUUAACAUCAAUUUUCAGUUUUUUCUCGUAUUUUCAAUCACUCUUUCGUCUCCCGUCCUUCCUCUUCCACUUAACAUGACAAAACGCCUUGUUAAAACCGGAAGAAAGAGAGUCAAAUUGCUCUAGCUAAUAUCUUUCUCUUGUCUCGUUCAUUCUUAUCAUACAGUUUGUUCAUAAAGGUUUCCUCGAAAUGUCUUGGGAUAGCUACAUUGAUAACCUCAUCGCACAAAGUAAAGAUUCUUCUGGCAAGGCACAUAUUGACAGAGCCUGUAUCAUUGGGUUGGACGGCGGAGCCCCUUGGACUACACCUAGCCAUCCAAAUGCAUUAAAAGUAAGGUUGUUCGUCGACUCAAAUACAUAUGAACUGUUUAAAAUGUUCAAAGACAGACACGUGUUAUGAUUGGUCGAAAUAUGUUCAUUACUUCAUCAAAAAUGCACGCGCUUUUCAUCACCUGCGUCAAGUUUUAAACAUGAGGUCGCCCCUUUCUGUAUUAGAUAAUGACGACAUUUAUGUCACAUACACUGUUCUUCCUUGUCGAGAUUUCAUGAAUUUAAAUGAGUUCGAUGGUAUCCAUAGGCAACCAUUGACCAAUCAUUGCUUAAAUUGGAUACUUAUACGAUCCGAGAAAUCUUCACCUGAAAGCUUGUACCCAUUCUCCCUAUGCGGUAGAUUUUGGAGUUGGCGAAUUAGGUUUUACAGUCACGAAACCCGGAUAUAACCAAGUAGCAAGGGACUGACAAAAAUCGUUCGUUAUGACAGGGGUAAUCCUGAUCCAGCCCCAUAUAUUUCACUUUCAUUGGGGAAAGGGAAUGUCAUUCGUUAUGCCGUUUCGUUAUAUGCCGGUUUGUUAUAUUGGAGUUACGUUUUACUGUAGUUGAGUAAUUAUUAGGAAGCUAUAGCAAAGACACUUUAGAGCGACGCACGUCAGCCGGAAGUGUGUCUCCCUCGCAGCCGUUUUUUGGAUGUCACGCAAUGCUCCCCAUACGGCUGCGAGGGAGACUAGCCGGAAGUGGACUUUUCGCAUUCUUGGGCAACCGUUAUCCCCAAAUUUUCACGAGACACCAUUGGCAAUGCUCAUUUGGAAGCGUCAAGGUAUAUAAAAAGCGAAAAUGCCUCACUUCCGGUUGACGUACGUCGCUUAAAACGUCUAGUAAGUAACUUUAGUUUGUGGUCCCAGGCGUUCCUAGUGUCUUUGUUUAACCUCCUUAUUGUCUCUUUCUGUUCUCUCCAGCUACAAGGAAGUGAGGCAAGUAACAUAGCCAGGUGCUUUAAGAGCAAAGAUUUUAUGCCAUUUAUGACUGAUGGUGUUUACGUGGAAGGAACUAGAUAUCAGUUCCUGCGGGUGCUAGACGACAAGUUCGUACUUGCCAAGAAAAAAGAAAGCGGAGCAUUGUGCAUACAAGGAACUAUGACAGCGGUUGUCAUCGGUCACUGUCCUGAGGGUGGCCAACAAGGAAACACAAACAAGGCAGUUGGAAUAAUCGGAGACUACAUGGAAUCCUUGAAUAUGUAA